UUUCCGAUUCAACAAACUGUUCGGACGCGUGGCGUGCUCUGUUUUUGAAUUUUAUUUGGAACGCUGCCUCUGCCACCAAAACAGCGACGCCAACGGCGACGCCGACUGCGCAACGGUUGAAUAGUUUCUCAAGGUCUUUGGUGCGUGCGAGAAAAAGAGAUAGAGAGAGAGAAGAGGGCGGAAACAAAAUCGAAACUGGUUGUUGUGUGUGGAGCAUGAGCUGAGGCCGAGGCGACACUGGAGAAUUUGGACGUCGUCUCAAUGGAUCAGCAAACAACAAAAACAGCAACAACAACAGUGAGAGGAUGCGGCAGCAGCAGCAGCGACAAGAAGAAGGGCAACUGCUAGUUAACAGUGAGAAAUCGUACGUUUGUCUCUGUGCGUAGCAUGAGACAGAGACAGAAAGAGCGAAAGCUCCACAUAUGUGCCAAACCAACUGUAACAACAACAGCAACCACAAAAACAAAAACAAUUCCCAACAACAAAAAGCAUCUAAUUAAAAGCAGUUCACGCUUCAAAGAGUUAAAAUAAGAGAGAGAAAGAGAGAGAGAUAAAGAGAGAGGGAGUAGUGAGCUCACAGCGCCUGUCAAACUAAAAGUCUGAUAAGAAAAGUUAUACAUUGUAAUACAUAGGGCAACCAAUCAACAGGGCAACAAUAACAGAGCAACAACAGCAACAAUAACAUAUCUAUGGCAACUAACAGCAGCAACUUACAAGCAACUCACACCAACUAACAGAAGUGAAAUGCUGUAAAAUCGUUUACAUUAACUACAACAAAAACACCACACCACGCUACACAACAGACAAAAGCUGAUUGCUGCCAGCUGACUGAAUUGACUGACAGAAACAAAUUAAAUUUGUCGCACACAAUUAAACACAUCAACAACAAAAAACAAAUAAACAAGCUAGCUAACAACACCAAUCAAUAAUAGGUUUGCAAACAAAACAAUAUAGUUAACAUGACACUGCAAAGUUUCACACGCAAAAUGCGGGGACGCAUGCGUUCAAACACCUGCCGCAUUGUAUUACUCACCUCACUGGUUUGGCUUAUCUUUGACUUUGUGCUCAUUGCCCACUAUUCGGACUGCAUAGGCAAAGAUGGCUGGCGUUGCAGGCGAGCCGGCGAAUAUGAUGUUGAGCUGCCAAAUGCUGAGCGUUUGGUGGACGACAAUCAAUUGGUCAACGAUAAUGAAAUCAAUACAGAGAAAUCCUUGGAUGGUGAUGAAGGCAUUGCGCCGAUAAUGGGUCAGGGCUUCAUCUCUGGCGGCAUAUCGAUGACGUAUCGCAGUGUGCUGCUAAAGAAAUGGUUCCAGGCGCCGACAAUUCGCGAAUCCAAAGGCAAACCGGGUGAGAUGGGCAAGCCCGUUAAAAUACCCGCCGACAUGAAGGAUCUCAUGAAGGAGAAAUUCAAGGAGAAUCAAUUCAAUCUACUGGCCAGUGAUAUGAUCUCAUUAAAUCGCUCGCUAACCGACGUGCGGCACGAGAAUUGUCGCCACAAGCACUAUGCCUCAAAGCUGCCCACCACCUCAAUUGUGAUAGUCUUCCACAAUGAAGCGUGGACGACGCUUCUGCGCACCGUUUGGAGUGUCAUCAAUCGCUCACCGCGCUCCCUGCUCAAGGAGAUCAUCCUGGUGGACGAUGCCAGCGAGCGAGAUUUCCUGGGCAAACAGCUGGAGGAUUAUGUGGCCAAGUUGCCAGUUCGUACGUUCGUGCUGCGCACGGAGAAACGCUCUGGCCUGAUCCGGGCACGUUUGCUGGGCGCCGAGCAUGUGGCUGGCGAGGUUAUCACAUUCCUGGAUGCGCAUUGCGAGUGCACCGAGGGCUGGCUAGAGCCGCUCCUGGCGCGCAUUGUCCAGAAUCGUCGCACGGUCGUUUGUCCCAUCAUCGAUGUCAUCUCGGAUGAGACUUUCGAGUAUAUAACAGCCUCGGACUCCACGUGGGGUGGCUUCAAUUGGAAGCUCAACUUUAGAUGGUAUCGCGUGCCACAACGUGAGAUGGCACGUCGGAAUAAUGAUCGCACGGCACCGCUGCGUACGCCAACAAUGGCUGGUGGAUUGUUCUCCAUCGAUAAGGAUUACUUCUAUGAGAUCGGAUCGUAUGACGAGGGCAUGGACAUUUGGGGCGGCGAGAAUCUGGAGAUGUCGUUUCGAAUAUGGCAAUGCGGAGGCAUUUUAGAAAUUAUACCCUGCUCGCAUGUGGGCCACGUGUUCCGCGACAAAUCGCCGUACACCUUCCCGGGCGGCGUUGCCAAAAUUGUGCUGCAUAAUGCGGCGCGGGUGGCCGAGGUGUGGCUGGACGAGUGGCGUGAUUUCUAUUAUGCAAUGAGCACAGGCGCUCGCAAAGCUUCGGCUGGUGAUGUUAGCGAUCGUAAAUCGUUGCGGGAUCGUCUGCAAUGCAAAAGCUUCCGCUGGUAUUUGGAGAACGUCUAUCCGGAAAGCUUAAUGCCACUGGACUACUACUAUCUGGGCGAGAUACGCAAUUCGGAGACGGAAACCUGUCUGGACACGAUGGGUCGCAAGUAUAAUGAAAAAGUGGGCAUCAGCUAUUGCCAUGGCCUUGGUGGCAAUCAGGUGUUUGCCUAUACGAAGAGGCAGCAAAUAAUGUCCGAUGAUUUGUGCCUCGAUGCGGCCAGCUCCAAUGGCCCCGUGAAUAUGGUGCGCUGCCACAAUAUGGGCGGCAAUCAGGAAUGGGUAUACGAUGCGGAGGAGAAAUGGAUACGGCAUACGAAUACGGGUCAGUGUUUGCAGCGUGCCACACGCGACGAUGCCAGCACGCCGCUGCUGAGGCCGUGCAACUAUGCCAAGGGGCAGCAGUGGCUCAUGGAGUCGAAAUUCAAGUGGCAGGCGCACUAGCUGUUGCCGUCAGCAGCGGCUAAAACUACAACUAAAACUAUACAUCAAACUAUUAACCUAAACGUAAACUAAACUGAGAACUUCCAAUUUGUGUUUAAACUGUUAACUAAGUUGCCAGCAUUAUAAGAAAGGAGUGGAGAGGAGAGCAGAAUGGAGUUGGAGUUCGAGAGAGGAGAGGAGAAGCUGAGUUACUAGCAAGGAUUCAAGCAUUUUUGUUCGUUUACAUUUAUAUGUACUAAGUUAUAGCCUAAGAGGAUAAGCAUUCUCUGUCUGUAUGUAUGUGGUGUGAGCUGUUGCUCUUUUGUGGCAGCCAAUUGUCUUCCCAAUUGAUAAUGUAUAUAUGCACAUUUAUAUAUAUAUAAAUAUAUAUAUAUAUAAAGUAUGUAUGCAUUAGUGCGUUUAGUUUUAUAUAUUAUUGCAAUUGAAUAUAUAUAAAUAUAUAUGUAUUUACUUAGCCUCGACCAAGUACCAAUAAAUUGGCAUUUAAAUGACAUAUUGUGCUUCACAACAGAAACUAACAAGAAAUAAUAACUACAUCAAGUGCAUAUAACUGUAACUAACUAAAAGAUAAACAACAAAACAACCAGAAAGAAAAUGGAAAAAGAAAACUAACAUGUGUCAUAGGAGAACGGCUAAACCAAGAAAAACUAUAUACAUAUAUAUGUAUUGUAUUGUAUAGUAUAUAAUGGAUGGUAAACAGAGAAACAGUAAAACAUAAAUACAAACAUAUAAAACAAGAGCAUCCCGCACAUUCCCCUAGCUAAUAACUAAGUUCGAGUUAUGCGCUCUCAGCCGAGUUGUGUUUUUAUAGUAUACGUAAAUAAUAAUAAUAAUUGUAAGCUUUAUUUUUCUUAAAAUUCAUUGUUUUUUGUUUAGUUACUUUCGCUUUGUACCAAAUGAUAAAAUUCGAAAUCUAUUUUUUUGUUUUAUAUUUUUCUUUGUUGAGGAUCACAAAUGCGCUGCAUAUCAUUAAUAAAUAAAAUGCUUUCUCCAACCAUAA